ACUUCCGAAUGGAAGUUUUUGAAGAGCCAAGUAAAACCACAGAAAGCAUUUUAGAAACUCUGAAUAGCAAAAUAGUAAAAAUAUACUUGGAAUUUAUGUCCUACACCUUGGAACUAUUAAAUGAUUUUAACAAAUUGUUUCAAUCCGAGAAACCACUGCUACAUUCUGUGAAGCCCGAAAUUGAAAAACUUAUAAAAACUAUGGCAUCAAACUUUUUACAAUUCCACUAUGUGAAAACCACGCCGGCGCUAACAUUGGAUUAUUCCAAUCCAAGGAACUUUUUGCCUAUAGAAAAGAUGUAUCUUGGAGUUCUGGCAACAACAUCUAUUAAAGAAUUGGAAAACGACAAUCCCUCCCAAGAAAUAAUAACGGAUAUAGGAAAUUUAAAAAAUAACUGUUUGGCUUUUUACAUAGAGGUCAUACACCAAAUUAAACAACGCUUUGAUUUUACAGAUCCGGUUUUUAAUAUUGUAUCGAUUUUGGAUCCUAGAGAGGCUCAGUCUUUUAGAGUUAAAGACUUGACUGACGUAUUAAAUAGAUACCCAGUGCUGAAAGACGUAAUAAAUGAACAAGAACUUCACACAGAAUGGCGCCGACAUGCUUUAUUAGAUCACAGGGAAUUAGAUUUAUUACCAAAUUUAGACGCAGAAGACUAUUGGAAAGCUGUUUUUAAAAUCGAAAAUGUGGGAGGUGAACCUAUGUAUCCAAAUUUAAAGAAAGCUCUCUCCCUUUUGCUUGUCUUGCCUUUUUCUAACGCUUGCGUCGAGAGAGUUUUCAGUCAGCUCAAACUCAUCAAAACGGAUAUUCGUAACCGGCUUAAUACAGAUACAAUUGCGGCGCUGAUGGCCACCAAGCAACAUAUCAAAAGCGCUAUUAAAUAUGAACCUCCCAAGUCUCUUCUCCGUAAAAACAUUAAAUUGUAUUAAAAACUCAAACAUUAUCUU